GUCAGCACACACAGGACGUCUGUGGGUGUCCGUCAGCACACACCGGACGUCCGUGGGUGUCCGUCAGCACACAGGACGUCCGUGGCUGUCCUUGUUGAUGUGCCUCAGUCCGAGGAACUCGACCAUCAGGAAGAUCAGGACAUUCCAACCGAGGUUCAUCGUCCCAACCAAGGCCGAGCUGUGUACCGGAUCGAUCCACGGAUGGACAGGAAGGAGCUUAGACUGGAUCCUCGACCUAUCAGCCGAACUGACCGUACUGGAUCGUCUCUCUCUCGGACAACUCGCCAAUCUCAGACUGACGGUCAAGUCAGAAGCAACUUAGGCCGAGCCGAACAAGGAACUGGACGCGACUUCUCUCUUCUCGCACGUUUGGAACGUACCGACCGUAUUGACGAACUGAUCGAUCCAUUUGAUCAGUUCAUGCACUUUGAUCAUCCGAAUCUCUCUAAGGCACAGAUUCUUCAUCUUUCAGAAGACUUGGGACGCUUAUGGUCGAAGAUGGUUCAGGAGUCGGACAAGACGGAACAGACGGACCGGCCCGCGACCGUCCUGCUCUUGGCCGCGGUUCAACCAGCCGAAGGGUCACUUUGACCAGUCCGCAAAUUAAAGAGUCUUUCUUCUUUGUCUUUCAAAAUUCUAGUCAAAUGUCUUUAAUUUUAUUUGUCUUUCAAACUUCUAGUCAAGUAGCCCCUUUGUCUCCUACUUGUACUAUAAAUAAGUGUUUCAUUCCAUCAAUAAAAUCAGAUCAUUUUGGAUUAAGUUUCUGAGUUUAAACUCUCUGUUCUCUUUAGAACUUGUUUUCGAUUGUCUUGGUGAGUCAUAUCCGAGCAAUUCACUUCUCAACUAGUUGGUCUUGUGAGUCAUAUCAAGCAACCAGUUCGAGAUCUUCCUUGGCGGACUUGUGAGUCACAUCAAGCGCCAUUGAAGUCGGGAAUAUCAAGGGAACAUCCGCAACCCUUGUGCGACCCAACGUUCCAUCAGUUCUCCUUCCCGGAGUUCAUAUCCAAACGAAUCCAGUCGAGGGCAAUCCGAUCUUAGGGUCCUUCAAGUGGUAUCAGAGCCACUCUUCUGGUAUUCUCUAUCUCGAUCCAUCUUCUCAUCUUCCAUUUUCUUCUAAACACUUCUUCAUCUGUCUAUCUUGAAUCCGGGCCCCUCAAUACCAUCCACUUAUAAAAAAAAAAAAAAAAAAGAAACAAGCAAGAUCCAUAUUAUAUAAAAAAAAAAAAAAAAAAGAAAGAGUUUACUUUGUGGAUUGGUGGUGGAAGAGGAAGCCUGCUGGCUGAGGAGAAAUCCAGCCUUUGAGGAGGUUAAAACGGAUUCUUUCAAAAACAAAUCUCUUAUCUUUCUAUCUUUAAAAGUUCCCGUGUGUUUUGCUUAAGUUUGGCCAUCCAGAUUCCGAGAUCUGUUCUUCAUAGAACUUUGAGUGGAAACUUGAGUGAUCACUUUUAAAUCGAGAGAAACACGUGUGUGGGUGAGGAACAAACACUUGAGAGUGUGAGUUUUUAGUCCUAACGUUUUGUGUUUAAGAAAAUUUCAGGAAUCAUGAGUAGCCAUGAAGAACAAAACCGUCCCGGAAAUUCAGUUGCUGGACUGUCUAAUCUUCAGAUGCGAGCUUUGAAUGAUUCUUUUUCUAACCUUAUAAACACAGGUCUAGAGCAGAUCCAUCAAAGGCUUGACGAACUUCAAGUAAGUCAGUCCCAUCCAAGAUCAAGGACAAGAACCAAUCAGCCGCGAAGGAAUACCCGGUCAGAUGAUGAGUUUCCUGAUGAGGACGCCCAAGAGGACGAGGUCAGAUCCGCUUACCGGCCUAGAAGAGGUCAUAGAACUCGAAACCCAGGUGAUGUCAAUCCAUUUGCUAGAAACAAUCGUACUGAUGAUAGUUUGAACGGAUUGAAAUUGAAAAUUCCACCUUUUGAUGGUAAAAACGACCCUGAUGCUUUUCUAGAGUGGGAAAGAAAAAUUGAGCAUGUCUUUGAUUGUCAAAACUAUUCUGAACUUAGAAAAGUAAGGCUUGCGGCCACUGAAUUCUCUGGCUAUGCUAUUAACUGGUAUGAUCAAGUGUUGACCCACAGGAGGAGAACAGGUGAGCGGCCGAUUGAGACAUGGGAUGAGCUUACCUUGUUGAUGAGGAAACGAUUCGUGCCAACCCAUUAUCACCGUGACCUUCACCAGAAGCUAAGACGUUUGCUUCAAGGAACCAAAUCUGUGGAAGACUAUUAUCAAGAGAUGGAAGUUUUGAUGACCAAAACGGACACGGAUGAACCCUUGGACGCCACUAUGGCUCGCUUUCUUUCAGGCCUCAACCGUGACAUCCAAGAUCGUAUGGAGCUUCAAGAGUAUGGAAGUGUGGAACAGAUGCUACACAAAGCCAUCUUGAUCGAGCAACAACUCAAGAGAAGGAGUUUCUCAAAACCGGCCACUACUUCUAAGCCGGCCUACUCUCCUAAACCGGCCUAUGCUCCUAAGCCAAGCUAUCAAGACAAAGGUAAGUCGCCUAUCACAACACAUACUGCCUUUAAAACUAAUGUUUCCACUCGUGAUGACAAAGGAAAAGCAGUAGACGACUCAGGCCGAGCAAGAGACAUUAGAUGUUUCAAAUGUCAAGGGCUAGGACAUUAUGCCAAGAACUGUCCAAACCAGCGUGUGAUGAUUCUCUUGGAAAAUGGUGAAGUUGAGUCCGAGGAUGAACAAGAAGACAAGGAGGAUCUUGGUCCUAUCUUUGAUAAGGAAGAGGAGUCCUUUGACUACCCCCAUCACGGACCAUUACUUGUGGCUAUGAAGGCAUGGAACGAUCCCAUCUUCGAUAAAACGGACGACCCCGCGAACGGCCACACGGACAACGACCAUGAUCCGUCCUUUGAUCCAGAUUCUGAGCCGAUCUUUGAUGAUGAAGAUAGCUUUGACUAUCCAGCUCAUGGACCACUACUGGUCACUAGACGUUCCUUGAGUGUUCAGCCCAAAACCGAUGAAAAGGAACAAAGGGAGAAUCUCUUUCAUUCUCGUUGUUUAAUCUCUGACAAAGUUUGUUCCUUGAUCAUUGAUGGUGGGAGUUGUACUAACGUUGCUAGUGAUACUCUUGUCAGGAAAUUAGGUCUAGCUACUCGACCUCUUUCUCGUCCUUUCAGGUUGGAAUGGCUCAAUGAAACUGGUGAACAGUAUGUUAAGGAGCAAGUCACGAUCCCUCUCACCAUUGGUCGUUAUGAAGACGAGAUUGUGUGCAACGUCCUUCCCAUGGAUGCUUGUCACGUUCUGUUGGGACGUCCAUGGCAGUUUGAUAAAAGAACCGUCCAUGAUGGUUACACAAACCGGCACUCCUUUGACCAUAAAGGAAAGAAGAUCACGCUUGUACCACUCUCGCCCUUGGAGGUCCAUCAAGACCAGCUCCAACUUAAAAAGAACCGUGAACAAGAGAUCAAACCAGACAAACCAGAGUCCUCAACCCGGAACUCCAACUUCUUUGUCAAACAAAGUCAGGUUAAGAAGUCUCUUCACUCUCAAAAGCCUUUUCUUUUACUUGUGUACAAAGAAUCUCUGAUGGCUUCUACUUCUUCUAACCUUGCACCGGAAGUUCCGAGUGAUUUGCUAGAUGUCUUGCAGGAAUAUUCGGAUGUCUUUCCAGAUGAAAACCCAAAGGGUUUGCCGCCAGUACGAGGGAUUGAACAUCAGAUUGACUUUGUUCCGGGUGCGUCUCUACCUAACCGGCCAGCUUACAGAACCAAUCCGGUGGAGACCAAGGAACUUGAGAAACAAAUUGGAGACCUUAUGGAGAAAGGUUACAUCAGGGAAAGCCUCAGUCCUUGUGCCGUUCCAGUUCUACUUGUCCCCAAAAAGGAUGGAUCAUGGCGCAUGUGUGUGGACUGCCGUGCCAUCAACAACAUUACGGUAAAGUAUAGGCAUCCCAUUCCUAGACUAGACGACAUGCUUGAUGAACUUUACGGUUCAUGUGUCUUUUCUAAGAUAGAUUUGAAAAGUGGCUAUCACCAAAUCCGAAUGAAAGAAGGUGAUGAAUGGAAAACUGCAUUUAAAACCAAGCUAGGAUUGUAUGAAUGGUUAGUUAUGCCAUUUGGUCUUACUAAUGCACCUAGCACUUUCAUGCGAUUGAUGAACCAUAUCUUGAGAGCAUUCAUUGGUCAUUUUGUGGUAGUUUACUUUGAUGAUAUUCUUAUCUACAGCAAGAACAUGGAUGAACAUAAGAAACAUUUGAAAUCUGUCCUUGAAGUUCUUAGAAAGGAACAUUUGUUUGCUAACCUUGGAAAGUGUUCUUUUGGCACAGAUCAUGUGGUCUUCUUAGGUUUUGUUGUAGGUGCUGAAGGACUUAGAGUGGACGAGGAGAAAAUCAAAGCCAUCCGAGACUGGCCAAGUCCAACGAACGUGAGUGAAGUAAGGAGCUUCCACGGCCUUGCCGGGUUCUAUCGACGGUUCGUCCAAGAUUUCAGUACCAUAGCGGCCCCAUUGACCGAAGUCAUUAAAAAGAAUGUUGGGUUCAAAUGGGAACAAGCUCAGGAAGAAGCCUUCCAAAUCCUUAAAGGGAAGUUGACUAAUGCCCCUUUACUUGUUCUUCCUGACUUUUCUAAAACGUUUGAGAUCGAAUGUGAUGCUUCGGGUGUUGGUAUUGGUGCAGUUUUGAUGCAGGAUAGAAAGCCUAUUGCUUACUUCAGUGAGAAGCUUGGAGGCGCCACACUCAACUACCCAACUUAUGAUCAGGAGUUGUAUGCUUUGGUAAGAGCUCUUCAAACGUGGCAACACUAUCUUUGGCCUAAGGAGUUUGUUAUCCACACGGAUCAUCAGUCCCUGAAACACCUUAAGGGGCAACAGAAGCUGAACAAGAGGCAUGCCCGCUGGGUUGAGUUCAUUGAGACAUUUCCUUAUGUCAUCAAAUACAAGCAAGGUAAGGAAAACGUUGUGGCUGAUGCCUUGUCCCGAAGGUAUACUCUUCUUUCAUUCAGCCCUCGAAACAAAACUUCUCGGUUUUGA